UAUAUAUAUACUUUCAUACAAUCAUUAUCAUUACAGUGUAUAUUACAUUAAUUUGGCGAAUGUAAAAUGUCAGAUAAACAUUUCGUUUCUUAUAACGUUUACAUAAUGUUGUAAAAAUUUAACAGUAUAAAGUAUAAUAUAUUUUUUAUAUUUUGAUGAAUUACUGGCAAAACUAAAAUUUAAGUAUGAGCAGAGUAACAAAAAUUGCGGUUGAUACACAAUUAUAUGAUGCAACAAAUUUUUACACAGGUUUAGGUUUAGCAAUUAGUUCUAGUGGCUUUAUAGGUGCCAGUUUUAUCAUUAAAAAAAAGGCACUGAUUAGAUUACAAAGGCGUGGUGCAUUACGAGCUUCAUCCGGAGGAUUUGGCUACUUAAAAGAAUGGAUGUGGUGGACUGGUCUUCUUUCAAUGGCGGUAGGAGAAGCAGCAAAUUUUGCUGCUUAUGCAUUUGCACCAGCUUCGUUGGUUACUCCAUUAGGAGCACUUAGCGUUCUAAUAUCUACAAUAUUAGCAUCAAAAUAUUUAAACGAAAAGCUUAAUUUGCUAGGAAAGAUUGGUUGCCUUUUAUGCAUCUUAGGUUCCACAGUUCUUGUAAUUCACUCUCCAAAAGAAGAAGAAAUCAGUACAUUAAAUGAGCUUUUAGAUAAGGUUAAAGAUCCAGGAUAUAUUAUUUAUGUAUUAAUUGUAAUAGUAUGCAGUAUUUUAAUUAUUUUUUAUUUUGGUCCCGCUUAUGGAAAUCAAAAUAUUAUGAUAUAUAUUUGUCUGUGUUCAUCCAUUGGUUCAUUGACCGUUACAAGUUGUAAAGGAUUAGGACUGGCUUUGAAAGAAACCAUUCUUGGAUUUAAUAAUGGAUUUACGAACUGGUUAACAUGGGCCUUUUUAUUUAGCGCUAUACUCUGUAUCAGCGUACAAAUGAAUUAUUUGAAUAGAUCCCUCGACUUAUAUGAAACCACAAUCGUAACACCUAUUUAUUAUGUAGUUUUCACAACAUUAGUAAUAAUUGCAUCUGCAAUAUUAUUCAGGGAAUGGGAAAAUAUGAGUGCUGGGGAUAUCUUGGGUUCAUCUUGUGGUUUUUUAACCGUAAUAAUUGCAAUAUUUCUAUUAAAUGCAUUUAAGGAAAUAGACAUAUCUUAUGAGAAUAUCAGACAUAUGCUGCAGCCUAAAAGAAAGUUGCUCAUAAGUAGUAACAAUCAGUGGAGCGACAGGGAUGAAGAGAGAUUAAUAACAAGGUUAGAAACAGAAUUAAAUCAUACAUAUGGAGCUCAGAAUUUAACAAGAACUAUAUAACUAAUUAUGCAUAUACAAAGUAAAACAUUGCAAAGCAUAUAUAUUGUGAAGAUAUGAAUAACUUGUAUUUAAUGUGAUUGAUUUUAAAAUAAAUCUUACGAAUUUUAAAAAUUAUUUAUAUCUAUUAUGUAUGUGGAUCUUAGAAAUCAUUUUUCAGUAGAAUUAUCUUUUCUAUUCAUAUUUUCUAUCAAGUCUUAAAGAAACAAUAGGUCUAAGUCUGCUUUUUUUGUUUUGUGUUCAAGUAUCUUUUCAAUUAUAAUAAUGUAAUUACACAUAAAUGUCAUAAAAGUCAUAUAGAAUUUAUUGUCAAAUUUGUCGUAUAUGUUAUAAAUAUACAAAACGAUCUCUUUUUAGCAACUUUUAUUAAUAAUUCUAGUUAUUUUGAUAAAAUUGCAUUUUGAGCAUGACAUUGAAUCUCAAGUUGCAUUUCAUCUAUAGAUUCGACAUAAAUACGUAUAAACUGAAACGAAAACAUCCCACAAUGGCAACGUAUUCGCUGCAUCACAUUGGAAAAUGUGAAAAUAAAGGAAGUAAUAUCAGAAAUAAGUUAUACUAUAUAUAUAUAAAUAUAUUUACUUAAAAUGCAAUUCUUCAUUUGUUAUUGCAUUUGAUGAAUUAAAAACUGGCUAUAAAAAUCCGAUUGAACAAUGCAAUAGUUUAAAUUCGAAUGAUUAGUUCAUUGAUUCACUGAGGGAUGAAAAUCAUUUUUUAUUAUUCGCCAAUAAAAUUUGUUUAUAAUACAUCCUCAAUCAUCAAUGCUUCAUUGGGUUAAUUUUUUUGUUGGAUAAAGUGACUAAUUUGCUAAAACAUGUUAUUGUUUUUUGUAAAAAUAAAAUUUCAUACUCAA